GGAGAGAAGAGCCAGACGCAGGGGCUGCCUUCCUCCCCUCAUCCUCAGACUGACAAGAAGGGGACCCCGCAGCCCAGCAGGGACAUCAGUGGGGUGAGUGUUGGGUGGACAGGGGGCAGGGUUGGGGGGAUGCCCCAUCCCCAUUCCCCACGUCCCUCAUGGUGUGCAAACCCCCCAGUUCCCAGCUCGGGAUUCCUACUGGGAUUAGUGAGGAUUUGGUGUGCGUGAGCCGGGAGCUGCUGAGUGCUAUGGAUCUGGCUACUGGGCUCAGGAAGGGGGUCUGGGGGAGAAGAAGCUCCCAGGACUGGGACUUGGCUACUGGGGAGCUCUGUGGGGCUGGGGUAGUGCUUGGAACAGGGCUCUGUUGCUCUCCUCUCCCCCAGUGCCUCACCUGCCCCCUGCUCUCCGUCACCCUCCUGGUAUCCUUUGGCUCCUCCAUGCUCUAUGGCUACAACCUGGCCGUGGUGAACUCGCCAGCGGCGCACAUAAAGGCCUUCUACAACGCCACAUGGUCCCAGCGCUAUGGGCACGGGCUGCCCCCUGGGCCCCUCACCCUCCUCUACUCUCUGACCGUCUCCAUCUUCGCCCUGGGUGGGCUGGGGGGCUCUUUGCUGGUGGGGACUCUGGUGGCACGCUAUGGCAGGCACGGCACACUGGGACGCAGCGCUCUGCUCGUCCUCCUGGCUGGUGGCCUCAUGGCCUUCAGCCGGCAGCUGGCAGCCCCCGAGAUGGUGAUCAUCGGCCGUGCCAUCACUGGGCUGCACUCAGGUAUCUGUCUCAGCGUGGUUCCCCUCUACCUGGGAGAAAUCGCCCCCAAGAACCUGCGGGGCUUCCUGGGCCUCCUGCCCAGCAUCUUCAUCUGCCUGGGGGUGUUCUGCGCACAGGUGCUGGGGCUGCCUGAGCUGCUGGGCCAGGACAGGUACUGGCCCCUGUUCCUAGCGGUGGUGGCCAUCCCUGCCUCCCUCCAGCUCCUGUUGCUGCAUUGCUUCCCCGAGAGCCCGCGGUUCCUGCUGAUAGAGAGGAAUGACAUCUGUGGGGCCACUGAGGCGCUGCGCCGGUUCCUGGGGACACCUGAUGUGCAGGAGGUGCUGGAGGAGAUGAAGGAGGAGCAGCAGUCCCUCUCCUCGGUGCAGACGGUCUCUGUCCGACAGCUGCUGCAGGACCGCUCGGUGCGCUGGCAGACCCUCUCGGUGGUGGUGGUGAAUGUGGGCAUGCAGCUCUCAGGGAUUGAUGCCAUCUGGUUUUACACCAACACCAUCUUCCAGAACGCAGGGAUCUCCAAAUCCCAGAUCCCAUACACCACUGUGGGCACCGGCGCCAUUGAAGUUGUUGCGGGGCUGAUUGGGUGCUUCACCAUUGAGAAGCUGGGCCGGCGGCCCCUCAUCAUCACCGGGUUCUGUGCCAUGGGCACUUGCCUGGCAGGCAUCACCGGCUGCCUGCUGCUUCAGACUGCCCUGCCCUGGAUGCGCUACGUCGUCGUUGCCUGCGUGGUGGGCAUCAUCGCUGGGUUCUGCAUGGGGCCAGCUGGUGUCCCCUUCCUGAUGACGGCCGAGCUCUUCACGCAGUCCCACCGCUCGGCUGCCUAUGUCCUGGGGGGGUCUCUCAAUUGGCUCUGCAAUUUCACCAUCGGCUUCGUCUUCCCGUUCCUGCAGAUGUCAACCGGUGCCUUUUCCUACUUGGUUUUCUGUGGGGUCUGCCUGCUGGUGGCCCUCUAUGUCUACCUCAUCAUCCCCGAGACCAAGAACAAGACCUUUGUGGAGAUCAGCCGUGUCUUUGCUGCCCGCCAACCCCUCGCCCCACUGUGCCACGCGGGGAUGCUGAGGCUCCAUGGAUACGGGGCCAUGGAGAGCAGCCUGGAGGGCUCAGAGCACAGCUGAGGUAGUGCUGAGAGGGGAGCAGGGGACAAUGGUGGAUCUCGCUGGACGUCUUGUCAACCCACAGCCUGACAAUGCACAUGGGAACAGCGUCUGGUCCAUAUGGGUCCCUACUGCCUGGUCCCAACACCAUGGAAGCAGAGAUCACGGCCCCAUAGCAUCCUCCACGUCCCCCUCCCGACUCGGCUGCUCUCGGCAGCAGAACAGAGCGGUAAAUAUGUGCAGCAUUACAUAUGUAUAAUGGAGUGUAAAUAACCCCAAAAAGUGCAUUGUAAAUAGACUCCAAGUUUAUCCUUUAUUAAUGAGGCACUGAGUGCCCUGCUGUUUUAGAGCAGCGAGACUUUCAUAAUAUCAAAACCUAAAUUACACUUGUGUCUCUCAUUCCCAGCAAACGACAGCAUCAUUUCAGGCCUCUUUGCCACUGGUAUUUAUUUAUUCUGGUAUUUAUUUAUCUCUCCCACCCGGCGUGCUGGGCAGCCUGGGAGAUGCCCUGUGCCCUCCCUGUGGCAAGCAGUGACCCCUCGGCCCCUGCAUGCCGGUGUGACCCAUGAGCCCUGCUGUUACGUUAUAGAAUCAUUAAGGUUGGAAGAGACCUCUAACAUCAUUGAGCCCAAACAGCCUCCUACCACCAAUAUUGUCCACUGAACUGAGGCUGAGGCACAGGUUGCCCAGAGAGGUGGUGUGUGGGGACAUCCACCUCCACCAAGGUCAGGCUGGAUGGGCUCUGAGCACCUGAUGAAGCUGCAGGUGCCCCUGUUCAAUGCAGGAGAAUGGGACCAGAUGGCAUUUAAGAGUUCCUUCAACUCAAACGAUUUAGAUAGUUCUAAAUAAUCCUCACGGGCUGGGAGAAGUACAGGGCUCCAGCACUGGCCAAACCCACAAAAAGGAUUCAGCCAUACUCAGAGGGCACUGAGGAUGAGGAGAUGACACAGCCACAGUGAGGGGUAGGCUUUAUAAAAACCUGAGGUGUUACAAAGAAGUGACUUCUGUACCGUGAGGGUACUCACGGCCUUGGAAGGAUCUGUGGAAGCAAAGACAGAGCUGAUCUUCUCCAGGUGCCUUCCUAUGCUGUGCCCAGUGCUGGGGGAGGAAGCACUGAGUGGAGAGGAGAACGGAGAUUUGUGUCAUUCCAAACCAUAACACAUCUCCUUGGAUCCAACAUUCCCCAACCCAACCUCUCCAGAAGACAUCUUUAAAGGAUGAGCUAUUCAGAAAUUAGCUGUAUGUAUAGAAGCGUGCUUCCCUAUAGAAACAGAAGGAAGGAUCCCGUACGGGCGGAGCGGGUCGGUGCCGGGGCGGUCGGGGCGCGGGGUGCGCGCCAGCAGAUGGCACUGCCGGGAUUUAUGGCUGCAGCAAGCUGCCUCUCGGAGAGCACUCAUGUAGGAGAUGUCCUAUUAUAUGGGCAGUUGACUUUAAUAGUCAUUGUGUGCUUAAAGCACAGCAAAACAACAGUGGGAAAAAGAGAAAAAAAAAAAAGAAAAAAAAAAGAAGGAAAAAAAGAAAAGAAAUCCCCACUCCACUCGGAUGGCCCUUUCCCCCCCCAGCCCUGCUAGUCUAUUUGUACAGUAAAUUAAAAAUAUGAAUCACUUCUCUCUACUGCCUCCCCAAACACUCAUCCUGUCAGGCGCUGUGUUGUCUUCAUUUGUAUUACCUUAAUUUAAUGUUAAUUAUGUUCUUCAUUUACAAAGAACACGCGUCCGCACUCCCCGCCGGGGGAUUUUCCACGCUGCUCUCUCUGCAGAGCAGGAGAUUCUGCAGAGUGCAGGGACAGGGCAGCAGGGGUGCUGUGUGCCCCCACCCCUAUUGCUGCUAUUGCCUCUCGAUGGAUGGAAGCACAUCGCUGCCACUGCACCCAAGUCGUGUCCCACCCCUCCCGUCCCCCCAAUAAAUCCUUCCUAAAAGGUGGUCGGCCCAUGGAGGGCAGUGAUUUAUGGAGGGAGCGCUUGGGGACGCAGCGUUGUGUGCCUCAGUUUCCCCAUCGGCUGUUGGGGAAACCCCAAACUCCCAACCUGGAAGAGGGUGGGAUGUCCUGGGACGUGACGGGCAGAGCUGGGAAGGCAGUGGGCAGAACUGGCUGGGAGCACCCACCAAAAGCCCCCAAAUACCCUGCAGAGGUAUUAGAAAUACAGAUAUUAAAUUAAAAAUCCGCCCAAACCUUCUUAUUCUGUGUUAUUACCCAAAGAAUAGAAAAGAACUAAAAAUGACAGCCCCCCCCUGUGAAGACCCGUGAUCCCAAGCACCUUUCUCCCUAUCCCCACCCUCCAGUUUCCAUGGAAACAGCCAAAUAUCGGGGGGCAAAGCCCUGAGCACCCCCAAGCACAAAUUAUCAGCAGCUGCAGGCUGUGGUCAGGUCCCUGGUGGGGGGCAUGGGGGUUUCCCCUCCCUCCCACCAACCCAUGGGGCUGAGGCUGCUCACUUCAUCACACCAACGCCUCCAAUGAGCUCCAAGGGCACAAACCCUUGGGGUGGGACAUGGGGGGCCAUCCCACUUAUCCCCUCCCCUCUUACCAAAGACCUUUCUGCUGAUUCCCAGCCCCAAAUGCGAUGCAGGAGAUGCUGUGUCCUCCAGCAGAAAGCCACGGCUGUGUCCGCAUGCAGUGACACGCUCGUGCCAACAUUUUAAUUAAUGACAAUGGCUC